AUGACAUCGAAGCUCGCUUGGCGUACCUCACUUGCUGGAACGAGCUUGUGUCCGUUCCUCUGCCUCAUUUGUCGAUGGCCAAGCCCGCGGUGUAACGCGCUGCUCGACGAUAGUCUGCCUCAGCCCCGCGCACUCAUUCCGAGAUGCUUCUGCUCGGGCUGUGUGUUCCGGAACAGUAAUGCCCCUCCUUGCCAGCAACACUCUGAUCCCUCUUCACUCUUCUCCAUCGACCACACAGCGCCAUCGCUGAUCAUGACACAGCAACUAGAAGCAAAGGCGCUCGUCGUCGACAAGCCCCAGGGUCCCUUCCACCUCGUUGAUAUCGAGCUCGAUCUCAGCAAGCUCGGUUCAGACGAGGUCAUUGUGCGCUAUCAUCACACCGGUGUCUGCCACACCGAUGUCAACUCUCGAAAUCUAGCAACGCCAGAGCUUCUGCCAGCCAUCUACGGGCAUGAGGGUGCUGGUGUGGUCGAACAUCUCUCGAGCUCAUACGAAGGCCCGCUCCGAGUCGGAGACUCGGUACUGGCGAGCUUCUGCAGCUGCGGUGGUUGCAACAACUGCCAUUCCAGUCGUCCCGCCUAUUGCGACAUCUUCGUACCGAUGAAUCUGGCCAGCCUCAGCAAGAACAUGCAGCACGUCAAAGUCUCCUACAGCGCUCAGGAUGGCUCGAAAGGCGAGGCACUUAUCAAGUACUUCGGCCAAAGCUCCUUCUCCAGUCGGAUGGCCGUGACUGAUCGCAGCCUUACCAAGGUCAGCUCAAACGUACCGACAAAGCUGGUCUGCGCACUCGCUUGUGGCUUCCAGACUGGGUUUGCGACGGUCUUCGAGAAAGCUCCAUCAGACCAAGCCCGAUCCUUCGAGCUCUUCGAGUCGGCUGGUAUCCACGUGCCUGACUCUGCCAGGUCGUCGGGCCGUCACGAGCGAAGCAAACAAACACUCCUUGUCACUGGACUCGGAGGUGUCGGCCUUGGUGCGAUCUAUGGCGGCAAGACGUUGGGCUUUGGCUCGAUUAUCGCUUGCGACCUCAACGACAGCCGACUUGAGCUGGCAAAGGAGAUCGGCGCGACACACACCAUAAACGCCAAGGGCCUCGAUGCCACCGCGUUUGCAGCAAAGGUCAAGGAGUACAGCGCUGAUGCACGAGGCGCCUCGCUGGCCAUCGAGGCAUCCGGCUCGCCUGUUGCUAUGGGCAACGCGAUCCGCGCUCUGGCUGUGGGUGGUAGAUCUGUGGUGGUCGGCGCUCCACCUCCCGAAGCCUUACUUCCUGUGCCGCAUGCAGAGAUCUUGGCACAGGCCAACUCUGUGGAAGGCCUCCUGAUGGGAAACUCGGUACCACAGAUCACAUUUCCUUACUUGGUGAGCAAGCUAGAGGCAGGAGAGCUCGGAUUCCUCGAGAAGAUGAUUGCAGUGUAUAAGCCAGCCGACAUGAACAAGGCUGUAGAGGAUCAAGAAAGUGGCAAGGUUAUCAAGCCUGUCAUAGAGUGGAUCUAG